AUGCUAAAAGCCUUCAACCGAAGUACUUGCGGCUUCUUUGAUCCAACAAUUCCGCAUGGGGGACCGAAUCCAAAUCCGAGAAAGCGUCGUGAUCGAAGAAACACUGAGAAUAGUGACUUUGAAGAUCUACAGCGGAUGUUCUUUCAAAUUGGCUUGUCGGAAAGUCCUUUCCAGGGUCGUUAUGAUCGCGAAAAUCCCGCUACAGGUAUACAACAGAUCACCACUGGCUUCCGGAAGUGGACAGAACGCUACAUCUCGGAAUGCCAUGGGCAGCGACUGUUCGAAUAUCAAGUCAAGCGCAUGGAGAGAUGGCGAAAUAUCCUUCGCGAUCACUUCAAGAAGACUGUCGAAAACCAAGCUUGA